AUGAACAGGAAAGAGAAUGUAUUCGAUGAGAUCGCGAAAAUGGAUGAUCAUAACAUCCAGCUGGUCGUGCGAUCCACUGAUAUGAGCGAAGCCCAGCAAAAAGAGGCUGCCAAUGUCAUCGCAGAGGCACUUUCCAUUCAUUACAAAGAGGCACAAGUGGCCAAAAUGGUCAAAGCCUACUUUGAUUCCAAAUGUGGACGGGCUUGGCAGUGUAUUGUUGGAAAACACUUUGCAAGCUAUGUCACCCACGAGGUCAGCACGUACCUACUUGUUCAGGUGGGAAAUGUCAGUGUGAUGCUCUACAAGACACCCUGCUGA